CUCCCAUUUUUUCUAUUAUUUAAUUUCUUUGGACAAUCAUCGAUAGGGUGAAACAUUAGGAAGGAUUUUCCAUUUUUUCUAUUAUUUAAUUUCUUUAGACAAUCUUCGAUAGGGUGAAACAUUAGGAAUGAUUUUCCAUUUUUGGGAGUUCUCUUUUUUUUUUUUUUCUGGUUUAGAUUGAGAACCGAUGAGAAACGAUUAGUGGAUUUUUCCUGGAACAAAGAUGCGGGCGCUACUAUAGAGUCUCAUUGUUGCAGGAGGCAAAGGACCUGAAAUCUCCUUUUGUUCCAUUGGAUAAUCAUUUCUUUAACUCUGAUUAAUAUAUCAUUCAUUCAAAUUUUCAGAUCUAUGGAUUUGAUUUGGGGCAAAUAGAUCAAGUGGUCGAAGUGAGAAGCAGUGAUGGGCAAUAACUCGCUUGCAGAGAAAGAGCUUAGGGUGUUUUUUGGGGCAAAUAGAUCGGAGGGGAGAAGAAUCCUCGGUGGCCCUCUAGUCUCCACAAUAAAGGGAUAGGGUACUUAGAAUUUAGGCGGUCAAUAAUGUAAAAGGGUGUUUUUUUAAAAAUGGCAUACCUUGGGGAUGACAGUGUAAAUUUUCCUUGUAAAUAUCACUUAAUUCCACUUCACCAUGACCUGAUUAAAAUAAUCGAAAUAUAGAAGAACCGUUUCUUUAUAAACAAACGUCGCGUGUUGAGGAAGAUUCGUUUCAAGAAUUUUUCUUAUCAUCUCUCUUGCUUCUGUUCUUCCGAGCCGACUACUACUGAGAAAGUAUCUGAUCAUAUCAAGAAAAAUGUAUACUCUUUGGCUUGUGGGAGGGAUAGUCAUCCUUCUUCUUGUAAAGAAACUCUUCGACCAAAAAACUGAAAAGAGAAAGAAGGACGCAGCAUCAUCAUCAUCUGCCACACAAGAGUCCGAUGAUUCCUCUUCUUCUGGUUGGGAUUACGAGGUGUUCUUGAGCUUUAGAGGUGAGGACACCCGCACCAACUUCACCGAUCACCUCUAUAAUGCCCUCCUCGAUAAAGGAAUCCACACCUUCAGGGACAACGAGGCACUCCGAAUCGGAGAAAAGAUCCGUCCGGCACUUCUCUCUGCGAUCCAGCAGUCCAAAAUCGCCAUUAUCAUCUUCUCAAAAGACUAUGCUUCCAGCAAAUGGUGCCUCGAUGAACUUGCAGAGAUUGCGGAGAGCAUGAAAGAGAGAGGGCAAGGACAGAUAAAAGUAAUGCCUGUUUUCUACAAUGUAGAUCCAUCGGAGGUGCGAAACCAGACUGGUAGAUAUGGGAAUGCUUUUCGAGAGCACGAGAAGAAAUCCGACCAGGACCAGGAGAUUUUAAAGCAGUGGAAGAAAGCUCUCGAAAAGGUUGGUGAAUUAAAAGGAUGUGAUCUGAAGAAUACUGCUAAUGGGCAUGAAGGGGAAUUAAUCAAAUUAAUUGUUAACGAAGUUUGGAAUGAAUUAAGAAAGAACCCCUUGUCUGUUCCUAACAGUAUGUUUGGAAUCCAUUCUCAUGUAGAGAAAAUGAUGAAGUUGCUAAACAAUGCAUCUGAAGAUAGACCGAUUGUGGGUAUCCAUGGCUUAGGUGGCAUUGGUAAGACAACAAUUGCUAGGGAACUAGGAGAGUUGACGGACUUUGUAUUACCUCCCAUGAUAGGGUAAAUAGCCGAUGUAUGAUGAUUGAAGGAUUUGCUGCUAUGACUAAACUAAGGUUACUUCAGGUGGAUGAUACCCAGGUUGCUGGAAACUUGGUGCAUUCUUUUCCAGAAUUGAGAUGGCUUAGUUGGAAAAGAUGCCCUGUACAAUUUACACCAAUCAAUCCAAGGAGAUUAUGUGUUCUUGAUCUGUCACAUAGUGACAUCACAGAAAGCUGGAUGGGUUGGAACUAUAUCAAGGAGGCAAAAACUCUUAAAAGUUUUGGACUUGAGUCAUUGUUCUAAACUAUCCCGAACUCCAGACUUGUCAGAAAAUAAACAAUUGGAGGUAUUUCUUCUUGAAAGAUGUUAUAAUUUGCCUACAAUUGACACAUCCAUUGGUCAUCUUAAGAAGUUAGUCAUAUUGAACAUGAAUGAAUGCUUGAGUCUAAAGCAUCUCCCAGCCAACUUUGGUGAGUUAAGUUCUCUCAAAACACUUCACAUUAGAAAUGCAAGAAUCGACCAAUUACUAGAAACAUUGGGCCUCUUGGAAGCCUUAACGGAGCUAUACGUUGACUUUUCUGCAAUACGGUUACCUAUUUCUAUACGUCAUCUGAGAAACCUCCAAAUUUUAAGUAAUAACCAUUGUUCUAUGAGAAGUAAAGGGUUUAUUCGUGAUGAACAUCAAAGCAAGCCUCGUAUAUGGGGUCGGAGAUGGGUCUGCCAGAGCUUCCUCCAAGUUUGAAAUAUUUGGAUGCUUCGCACUGCAAAAUGAAAUCACUCCCAAUGCUGUCAAAUCUGACAAAUUUAGAGUUAUUGCAACUUUUUGACUGUCCAAAUUUGAUGGAGACACCAACUACUAUCAAUGCUCUUACGAGGCUGGAGUCACUCUAUUUAGUUCAAUGCCCUCACCUACAAUGCAUCCCACAUCUUCCCUCAAGUCUGAAAUUCUUGAUAGUUCAUAAUUGUGAAAAUCUUAAGAGAAAUAUCUGGUUACUCGGAUGUGGGAAAUUUAGAGAAAUUACUUCUUCAUGAUUGUUCCAAGCUAGCAAAAUUAAGCCUUGAGGGAUUAGAUUCUCUGCAGCAGUUCCAGAUUUUGGGUUGUGACUCAUUGAUCCAACUUUUAUUUGGACUUGAUGUUACAAGGCUACUCUGUAACUAACCAAUGUAAAUCUUCAAGCCUGAUUAAAUGAUGACUUGGAUGAGUAAAAAUGGAAUCAACUUGAUCAUCAAAAUUUGGGUGAAUUUUUUUCUUUUACCCAGAGGAAACAAUGAACAAAAUAUCAUUUUUUUUUAAUUGAAUUGAAGUGUAGCAGAUCCCAUGUACAAUCCUUAGAUCAGAAUGAAUUAUUCAUGAUACACCCAAAAUUUGGCCAUCUAAAACUCAAAUUCGGAUGAGAUUCCUGAAAUUAGAUCUGGAAUCAGCAGCAGAAACUGCAAACUGUCUUGAAUCUCCCCCUCCCACCUGAAAGAGUGAAUUCUGGGUGGAUUCAGUGAACUACCUAUCUAUUCAAGGAAUUUCUACAUUAUUCGAAUGCUUUAUAAAUCUUUGUAUGUAAAGUGUUGGUCAUUCUUUCUACUUUAAAACUCCAUGUUGCAUAUAGCUAGUUGUGCAAUGUCCUUCAAGUUCUUGGACUGUUCAUCUUUGACUGUAAUUGCAUGUGCUGGUGCUGCAGCUAUAGUUUUUUCAAUUAUUGAGUGAACAUGAAACAAACUAUUUUGGAAAGCAAAGAACCAUUUAUGAAGGGAGGAUUUAGAAGAUUUAGCAAAAACCAUUAAAAGACAAGUCAAGCCCAUAAAAGUAAGACAACAGAAUUGGGAUCAAGGCAGGAACUGAUUUUGAAUAGGGAGGGUAAUCUUGGAAGUCAACUUAAAGGAUGGGAAUAACUAGAAACAAACUUAAGACUAGUGGGCUUACUUGUCUUGAGAUGCUACAGUGGAAGAGUUGCAAAAACUCAGGAAAACAGAGCAGGUUGUAAGAAGAGCUUAUAAAAUGGUGAAGAAACUGAUAAGUAAUAACAAAAUUUAAUUUAUAAUGAAGCCAAAUUCUUAAAUACCAAAUAUCUGGGCUAAUUACCAACUUAUAAUGAAGUUAUGAACAAAAAUAGAGGUUGGAAAAUAGUUCAGAAAACAGGAUGCUGCCUAUAGCAGGGAAAGAAGAGAUGAGAGGUAAGAAAGAAGAAGAAUAUGGAUAGAGACACCUAAUAAGGAAAAUACAGGAUUAAGAGAGGUAGAAAAGCCAAUUAACAAAUAAAAAUCUGACGCCGGAAGAUUAUAGAGGAUUAGGAGGUAACACAAGUGAUCAAUUCAAAAGAAAAGAAAGAACUCGCCACCCAAAGGAAAUCCACCUAAGGGAUAAGAGAACUCAAGAAGAACUACUUCUUGUCAAAGGCCAAAGGCUUUUUCUAUGAAUAAACUCCAAGUACGUUUCCUUCCAUUCACUAGUGCAGGCUUUAUAUAGAUGAGUAUGGAACAACCUUCCAAGCAUAGGCCAUUUCCAAAAAUGAAACUAAGACUAAUUGGAAAAACACAAACAAGGGGAAGACAAGUAACUAUCCAAUAGGAAGGGACCUUGGGAACCUUAAGAGGCAUUCUUCACAUAUUCAAGAUUCUAGAAACACAAUGGUUGAAGUGCUCAAGAAGUUCUAAAACUGAAUGUAGAUGAAAGUUUGACUAAAAAAGAUGAAUUUCGGACUUCUAAAUGUUUGCAGUCAUCCCAGACACUUUACCAAAACGGCCAUAACUUCUUCUAGAAGAUAAUAAUGAUGCACCAUUUUUUUUGUUGGAGAAUAAACUUCUAGAUAUUUCCAUCCAUAUAUGGCAUGACUUCUAGUUCCUUCUGAGUUGGUUCAGGUGUCUCCGUGAAGUUACCCCAAAAUCCUAGACUGCAACUUUUAUUUCCAGCUUCUAUCCUUUGACUUGGGCUUGAGGGCUUAUUGGAAUGGGUUGUUGGCCCAUUUGAAAAUGCUCCUGCAUCAAAAUCCUAAACAAAACAAACUAUUGUUUAAAUGAGAGAAAUGUUGUCCUCUUGUGUGGUGGCAGGGGCACAAAGAGAUUAGAGAGUUUGUAGGAAGGAAUGGAGACAAGGUUAUACAGCUCUGCUACCUCAGAAAAUCAGAUUCUUGACUGCUUUGAAAAUUUGCAAAGCAAAAUAUGUCUGUGCUAUCUUGUUAGUUCUUCAGAAGUGGUUUCUGUUUUAGAUUUUGAUAUGAAUUUUUUAUUUCACAUCAUAUUAACAGUUUGAUUUUAUGUCUUUCACCACUUUCCUUUUUCAGGUUAUUGCGGGCCCUUUUGGAUAUCUUGAUUCUAAUCGGUAAAUGACUGGUUUCUAGACUUGUUAAGGACAAUGUGCUUAAAAAUGGUACGUUCUCGAUACAUUGGUGACAGUGAAGGUGGAGAAAAUACCAUUCAUGUAAAGGACAGAAGACAAAAAGAACGAAGAUUCUAAACCCACUGCAUAGCUCCAUGUUGUAGUUUCCUUUGGCAGAGUCGCUGCUGCUCUGUCUGCAAUUGCCACAGGUACACUAGCAUUGUCAUGAUCCGGUGAGCAGAUGAUAAAGGCUAGCAUGGUGAAGGUAGCAGCUUUGGCCUUAAUGGCAGCACAAAGCCUAGAGGCCGCAGUGACAAAGAAGGCAGAGCACCAGCAACUUGAAUCUGUCAUUGUCUGCUGUUAAGGUAUUAUUGUUAGGGACCUAGUGUCUCUUAUCUGCUGCAUCAAAUUGAAGAAAGGAAUUGGCCUCAUUUUUUUGCAUUUUUUAUUUUGAUACUAGUAUCACUCCGUAGAAGGUUCUU